AGCUGCCCCAAUUCCUCCAUUAUUAAAGCACAAAGUGAAAAAGCAAUAAAAUGGAUCAAUUCUCCCCAACCCUAAAGCACUCACAAGAAUCAAGAAACCAUCAAGCAUCAAACCAGAAAAGAAGAAGAACAACAACAAGAAGCAGAAGAGGAUGUAUAGGUUUAGCAAUACGGUGAUUGGGUACCUGAACCUACUGACGCUGCUGGCCUCGAUCCCGAUCAUCGGCGGGGGACUAUGGUUGGCACGGAGCUCAGAAACAUGCGAAUCAACGCUGCAGGUGCCGUUGCUGGUGCUAGGGUUUGUGGUGCUGCUGGUGUCGCUGGCGGGGUUCGUGGGGGCGUGCUUCAACCUAGCAUGGGCGCUGUGGUUGUACUUGCUGGCGAUGCUUGUGCUCAUCGGGGCGUUGUUAGGGAUCACGGUCUUUGGAUUCGCAGUGACCGGAGGGGGAGGAGCUGUGGCGGUGCCCGGCCGGAACUACAAGGAGUAUAGGCUGGAGAGCUACUCCGGGUGGCUGCGCCGGCGGAUCGAGGAGCCGAAGUAUUGGCAAACGGCGAGAGCUUGCGUCGUUGGUUCUCGAGCUUGCGAAAAGAUCGCUUCUUGGACUCCUCUUGAUUACCUCCAGCGCAGUCUCACUCCAAUUCAGUCAGGGUGUUGCAAACCACCAACUUCAUGCACGUACGAUGGAGGCACAACCAUAUCAGCACAAGACGAGGACUGUUACCGAUGGAACAAUGCGGCGAGCGUGCUUUGCUACGAGUGUGACUCAUGCAAAGCCGGGGUUUUAGAACAAGUGAGGGAAGAUUGGCACAAGCUCUCCGUUCUCAACGUCGUCAUCCUCAUCUUUCUCAUCGGCAUCUACUCCAUUGGUUGUUGUGCAUUUCGCAACUCACGCCGUUCCGAGACCGACUACCCUUACGGGGAGAACCGUAUGUCGAAAAUCCGGCCUCGCUGGGACUAUUACUGGUGGAGAUGGUUACGUGAUCAAAGGGAACAGCUUUACUAAAGUUUGAAAGUUUUUGGCAGCUGAGUUCAGUGAUCUCUGGGUUGAGAUGGUAAUGUUGUUUGUUAAGUUUGAAUGUAUAGUUCUUGGAAAGUGGAAGCACAGGGCUGGAUUUUGGUCAUAAGCUGCACAAGUUGGUUGAGUGCUUAUAGGAACAACAAAGAAUGUAAAACUUGGAACAUUCUAGCGUUUAUCUUGUAGAUGCUGGAAAUUUGUUAAAAGUAAGCAAGAUGAGUCAACAAAUUGGGUAGGUAGGUAGGUAGGUAGAAGUCCACUUUCUCAAGUUUUCUAAAAGUUGUGAUGUUAUUCUUAUUCCAACAGCGAAACUAAUAGACUAGUCUAGAUUAAAGUUUGGGAAUCAAUGAGUAGCACCAGCAUCUGCCCACCAAAUUCAAUAAUAAACUAUUUUGCUUUCA